AUGACUGGGGGGUUCACUGUAGCUCCGUCCUUUGCUCUCCAGCUCCACAAGAUGGGUUCAUUCAGAAGGCCCCGACCUCGCUUCAUGAGCUCUCCGGUCCUCAGCGACCUGCCGCGGUUCCAAGCGGCUCGGCAGGCUCUGCAGCUCAGCUCCAACUCUGCCUGGAACAGUGUUCAAACAGCAGUGAUAAAUGUGUUCAAAGGGGGAGGCUUGCAGAACAAUGAGCUUUACACCCUCAACGAAAAUAUCAGACGGCUGCUGAAGAGCGAACUUGGAUCCUUCAUCACAGAUUACUUUCAGAACCAGCUCCUUGUGAAAGGCUUGCUGUUUAUAGAGGAGAAGGUUAAGCUGUGUGAAGGUGAGGAUCGCAUUGAUGUCCUGUCUGAAAUCUGGGAUCACUAUUUUACGGAGACUCUUCCUACACUCCAGGCAAUAUUCUACCCAGUCCAGGGUCAGGAGCUGACUAUUCGUCAGAUUGCUCUGCUUGGCUUCAGAGACUUGGUCUUGCUAAAAUUAAAGCUGGAAGAAAUUCUCCCUCUGGUCCGGACAAAACUCCCAGCUUCCAUUGUCCAGAUGCUGUUAAUUCUGCAGAGCGUCCAUGAACCUGCUGGCCCUAGUGAGGGCUACCUACAGCUGGAAGAACUGGUCAAGCAGGUGGUGUCGCCGUACUUGGGUCUGUAUGGUGACAAACAUUGCCCACACCUGCUUCUUUUUUCUCUUCCAGAGAGGCGGUACUCCAGAUCCCGUCCUAAAAUGCUGAAUUACUCCUCUCAUGUGGUGCCGAGCCAGCAGCCCAGCGAGACAGCCUUGACCCCGCUGACGGAGCAGGAGGGCGAGGCUUACCUGGAGAAAUGCGGGAGCAUCCGCCGCCACACCGUCGCCAACGCCCACUCGGAUAUCCAGCUCCUGGCGAUGGCCUCCAUGAUGCACACGGGAAUGGUGAUCGAGGAGUCGGACAGCACCGACAAGUGCCUCCUCCUGCAGCCCAGUUUUAGCCACCGGCAGUGCUCCAGUGAGCCCAGUAUCGCCGAUGGGCCGGAGGGAGUCAUGGCAGCAGGCAGGCAGGCCCCCACAGAGCUGAACUGCACGUCAGUCAGCUAG